GUUGUGGUUUUUAUAUGAUAACAUACGUGAUAGUAAUCUCUGUGCUGUGGCUAGUUUAGAAGGAAACGCGUUUUAUUUCGUCAGGGCGAUUUAUUUCGGUGAACACGUAGUGGGUGUGUAGGGGCUGUGGCUGUAACUAGUAGGCCUACUUGGAAUAAGCUCGCAUUAUUACUUUGAAUUUAGAUAAAGUAUUUUCAAAAGGUACAAUGUAAUAUGAACGACAGAAUGUGCUACUGGUGGUCAGCAGGAAGACCCCAGUGAUUCUGAAGCGUCUUUCUGGCUCGAUGUAAUGGCACAAACCCGCGUCCCUGGCAUGGAAACAUCUGCCAUCUCCAUCCUGAAGAGAGCUGUAGAGCUCGACCAGACCUCACGGUUCCAGGAGGCCCUUGUGUGCUACCAGGAGGGCAUCCAGUUACUGCUAGACGUGCUGAAAGCAGUAAAAGAUGACUCGAAAAAAGCGCAGUACAGAGAAAAGAUCACCAGUUACAUGGAUCGAGCAGAGCAGAUUAAAGUGCGCAUGAACAAACUGAAAGAAGAAGGCAAAUAUCAUGAGCAAAUAAAAAUUGCAGACCGCGCCACUGGUUUCAGUUAUGAGAGUCUUUUCAAGCCCUACAUCAGGGAAGAGCUUACUGAGGUGUGGGUGGAGGACCCUUACAUUCGGCAUGUGCACCAGCUGUACAACUUCCUGCGUUUCUGUGAGAUGUUGCUGAAGGCCAAAUGCAAUGUUAAGAAAAUUCACCUCUUGACGUCCCAAGAUGAAGAUAGCUCCUCCCAGCAACAAAGUGCCUUCGCAGACAUACAGCAGUCCUUGCAGAGUCAUAACAUUUGCCUGGACAUUAAGUACUCACCCACCAUCCAUGACAGGGAAAUUAGAUUUGAUAACGGCUGGAUCAUUAAGAUAGGCAGAGGGCUUGAUUAUUUCACGAAACCUAAGGGACGCUUCUCCAUUGGAUACUGUGAUUAUGACCUCCGAGAGUGUCAUGAGACAACUGUGGAUGUUUUUCACACAAAGCACACAAAGAUGACGUGACCAGAAAGGAGCUCCCCGAUUCUCCUUCACAUCAUGGUGUAUUCAAAGAGCCAUCCUUUCACGCACGUCACGGACUAGCGGGAAUCUGCUUGUUUCUCCGAUAAGUUCUGAAGCCAUUUUUAACUUGGAUUAUUUGCUCUUCACAAACCUAAAAAAACUUCCUUCCAAGAACUUUAAACUACAAGAAUGCCUAGUAUUUUGUAGUGACUGUCGCUGGCCAACAUAUUGCAAUUUCAGCUUUCCUCCUUUUUUUUCUGUUAUAUCUUCCAAAACUGUUCAGAAUAAUCACUCUUUACACUGACACUUUCUGAGGGGAUUGUGUUUCAUUGAUCUAUCCAUAGGUAUCAGUAUCUUUUUACGACUUUUAUGAAGCAUGUAUGAUCGGGCAAAAUCUCACUUGAUGAUAUGUGGAUACGUUUUAUUACAUAUGUCGAAUAAAAUGUUUUGUUUUAUUUUCUUCUUAUUAAAAUAAGCCUAUAUUUGAA